CUGGGUUUUGUUUGCCGCCUUUUUAAAGAAACUCUGAGAGCGAGGACAAUACGGAUUCGUCGUUGUCGUUUUUUGAGUGACGAACGCCAGAGGAAAAGUCAUAUACAUAAGGUAAAGUGAUGCAACAUGGGAGGACUUCUGUACGAGCAUUUCGUACGAAAAAAUCAUUGUGUCAUCACGAUGUAAAAAUCCUACCCUGCUGGCGGCACUCCUGUUUCUUCACUAGCUGCCCCGAUCCUCCCCGGCUGGCGAAAGACCGAGGGCUGCGAGUUUUACCGUUCAGACCGAGCGCGCCGGCGAUCCAAAUAAACUCCGCAUUCAGCGUGCGAAAUCACACCAUGCUGCGCGCGGCGUUGUCUUCCGUGCAGCCAAAAAUCUUUUUCGGGAUCGGGGGCGGGUCGGAUGUGGAUACGGCGGAACUCUUGGAGAAAUACUCUCUGACCGUGCAAGAAAAACAAUUUACUUCUUGCGAGGGAGCAAAUGAAAGGGAAACUACCCUACCAUCUAAAACCGCUAGCACACUGGUACUGCUUGCGCUGGGCGCGGGCGUGAAGGCAGACGGAACCUUUGAUGCGGAGCAGACCAAGGCAAAGCAGCUGCAGCGGGGAUUCACAGUUGUGGACGAGGCGUUUUGGGGAGCAGUGGCAGGUGCGAAAAGUAGUAGCGGAACAAGUCGUGGUUUGGGCAGCGAUUUAGCAGAUGAGGGAAAGAAGAAAGACUACAAACCACUACUGUACUCUGUCGUGAGGAACAAGGAAGUAUCGUCAGAGACGGGCGCGGAGAACGAAGCUCCCCCACAAAACACAAACAACAUUUUGGGUCUUGUUGUCGACCCCUGCUGUGCGGAAGAAAGCGCGAUGAUCUUUGCCGACCUUGUUACCUGGUUGCAGAAAGGCUUUUCGUCGCACACGACCUCACCGAAUGUCCACGUCUUCGCCGUGGACACCGGUGGAGACGUCCUCGCCCCCCUGUUCGAGGAGAAAACCAGCGCCGAUCUGUGUUUAAACGCGAAAAUGUCCGCUUCAUCAGACGAGGACGAUCUGGAGCUGCGCGCGGUCCAGAAUCCCACUCGCGACGUGGUCCUGGUGAGAGCCAACCAGCUGUAUGUGCCCUUCGGGAGAGGGAUGGGCGAUCUGUCCUACCACCAGUUCGGGCCGGACAACUCGAAGCGCGACGAAUACAGUCUGGAGCUGCUCGUUGCUGCCAAAAAGUUGCAACCGUUUUUCAUGUCCCUUUGCGUGGUCGGGCCCGGCGCGGACGGGGAGUCGAGUGUGUUGGGUGUGAAAGAGACUAGGGAGAAACUGUUCGGAGAACGACGAGAUACGUACCUGACGGUGGAGUGCACGACGCUAGUACCGGCCCUUCUCUCCGAACAUCCGGAAGAGCAUUUUUCGAAAGUGGCAAAGUGGCGGGUCCCGGAGGAGGGUAAAACCCCUUGGAUUAUCCGCAAAGCGUGCGACCGGCUUGGUGGUCGGGUGGAAGAUGAACAGGGAGAGAACUUCCACGUGGAAAUAAAAGCAGAGAUGAGGGAGCAUCAAAUCAUCGCGUACCGGGGCAGGAAAAUGCGGCGGACAGCCGGAGAGGAGAAAGACAGUUUAUUUAAAUGCGUUAUGGACGCGGCGAUGCUGCGGGAAGUGUGGUUUUUUGAUGACAGGAUGAUCUUUAAACUGCUCGGGAAGGAAGCGAUGGGGAAAGCGGAGUGAGCGGCUUGUCAAUUACAUACAAUAUCCACGUACUAAAAUGGACAGGUCGCGAGCUUGUAGUGAAGAAACUUCUAAGUGAUCAAGUUGUGCAGCUAGUGUUGAUCAACAUUCACAACAAGAGGUGUUGGUCUGAAAAUAAU